AUGGAGGUGGAUCUGGGCACCGACGAGGUCACCUUGGCAGGCACAAACCUCAACAUUUGUGCCAUCCUUUCGAAGCUCGAGAAGCAUGACAAGGCCGUCCAGCAUGCGCUUGCGGCAUUGGAGCUGAUCGACAGGAAGACUAGCAGCUCAGAUCCUGCAACGAUCCCAGCUGAUGACUACGCCGUCCUCGCGAUCGCGUACCACAAUGUGGCGAUUGAGCGGGAUUUGCUGCAUCAGUACGACAAGGCGGCGGCGGCCUUCCAUCAGGGCUUCGAGGUGGCCAAGCGCUGCCUGGGAGAGGAUCACCCACUGUCCGUGACCUUGGGCAAGAAUGCGGAAGCGGUGCUCCUGAAGUCACAAAAGAUGACCAAAGGGAACCCCGACACGGCCACCAUGCGGAAGCCGGACAUGGAACUGCACCGCUUCACCGCCGGGUUGACGGAGAGCACCACGCCCUCACUGCCUGCCGUGGCCUCUGCCCAGGCAGAAACGGAUCAGCCGGAGGAUCCACAGAUGUCGCAGCGGACGGUGCGGCAAGAUGCUGCCGAGUGGGUCCAGAGCGAGGAGUCCGCUUGGAACAGCUUUGCCAAGAACACCCUCACCGAGGCGGUGCAGAAGGAGAUCUUAGCCCCACAAAGCUUGGAAGCCCUUCAAGCCUCUUUGGGCGUGGAGCCGGGGCAGGUCUUGCUCGCCAGGCAUCCUCGCCAUGACAGGAUGUACGUGGUGGAACGGCUGGAGCAAAUCUCCACCGGGCAGCGUGUGGCGGUGGCCAGCGCGAAGAAGCGCAUCUUCAUCUCGGCUCAAGGGGUGAAGAACAAGGCGGUGGUCUGGUACGCGGGCGCCACAGUGCAACAGAUCGAGCGGGCCAUUGCCAAGGCGGCGAACCUCGAGGAGGGCGCGAUCGAGUUGCGUGAUGGCGAGGACGUGGUGGUGCUCUCGACGAGUCUGCCAAACGAUCUGCACUUGGAGGUCUACCCCGUCGCCCGCGCGAAGAGCGGACGUGGAGCCACGGCUUCCGACGGCGGCCAGCUUCGCCGCGUCAAGACUAGCCCCGUUGGGCCCGUCUCGGCGGCCGCCGCUUCGGCCGCGUCGCAGCGGCUGCGGCGCGAGGCCUCGCCACGGCGGAACGCCUCGCCGCCGCGCAACCGCCCGGGAAACAGCUCGGUGGGAGGCAGCACCACCCCCACGGCCCAUCAAAGCGCUCCGGAAGAGCAUUGCGUCUACGUCUUGGCGGGGCACACCGGCUCGGUGCUCUGCCUCUGCGGGGUGGGAGACAUCCUCUUUACCGGGUCGCAGGAUAGCAGUAUUAUGAUCUGGGACCUGAACAACCUGCAGUACAUCGGGACACUUCCCGGGCACCGUGGCUUUGUGAAGUGCCUCCAUGCCUCUUAUGCCAAGAAGGUGCUGUGUUCGGGGUCGCAGGAUCGCACCGUGCGGGUGUGGAGCUUGGAUUCCUUUAGCACGGUGAAGGUGCUCCAGGGCCACACGGGGGGCGUGAAUGCGGUGCUGAUCCUGGAGAGCACAGAUCUCUUGGUCUCUGGCUCCGAGGAUCGUUCCAUCCGCGUUUGGGACCUCACGAGCUUCGACGCGCUCUGCGUCCUGGAGCAAUCGCACCUAGGCGGCGUCUUCGCGCUCGCGAGCUUCGGCGCGGCCGGAACCGCGGCACCCAGCAGCGUGGUGAGCGGCGCAAGGGAUCGAUCGCUGAAGGUUUGGGACACCUCGACUUGGUCUGUGAACCGGACUUUGCACCCCCCGCACUACGAUGGGGUGAGCAGCAUUGCGGUUUGCGCCAAACAUGGGAAGUUCUACUCCGGCUCCAGGGACAGGUCGAUCAAGGAGUGGGACAUGUACAGCCUCACCAACACCAUGCACACCUUGCACGUGCACGGGGACUGGAUUCAGACCUUGUGCAUGUCGCCCUCGGAGGAUGUGCUCUUCUCCGGCUCCAAGGAUGGCGUCGUGAAGGUCUGGGACGGCGAGCUCCAGUGCCAGGAUGUGCUGCAAGGGCACAAGGGCUCCGUGACCUCCCUGGAGACCGUGGGCCAUCGACUCUUCAGCGCCUCCACGGACCGCGCGGUCCGCGUCUGGCGCAUCGAGCAGUACGGCUGA